GGAGCCCGGGCGGCGGCGGCGGCAGGCACGGCCAUGGCGGGCUGCUGCGCCGUGCUGGCGGCCUUCCUGUUCGAGUACGACACGCCGCGCAUCGUGCUCAUCCGCAGCCGUAAAGUGGGGCUCAUGAACCGCGCUGUGCAGCUGCUCAUCCUGGCCUACGUCAUCGGGUGGGUGUUUGUGUGGGAAAAGGGCUACCAGGAAAUGGACUCUGUGGUCAGCUCAGUUACUACCAAAGUCAAGGGCGUGGCUAUGACCAACACUUCUAAACUUGGAUUCCGGGUCUGGGAUGUGGCCGAUUAUGUGAUUCCAGCUCAGGAGGAAAACUCCCUUUUCAUCAUGACCAACAUGAUCAUCACCAUGAACCAGACGCAGGGCAUCUGUCCUGAGAUUCCAGAUCAGACCACUGUGUGUGAAUUCAAUGCCAACUGCUCUGCUGGCUCCUCAGGCACCCACAGCAAUGGAGUCGCAACUGGCAGAUGCGUGCCGUUCAACGGGUCUGUGAAGACGUGCGAGGUGGCAGCCUGGUGCCCAGUGGAAGAUGACACACAUUUGUCAAAACCUGCUUUAUUAAAGGCUGCAGAAAACUUCACUCUUUUGGUUAAGAACAACAUCUGGUAUCCCAAAUUUAAUUUCAGCAAGAGGAAUAUCCUUCCAAACAUCACCUCUGCCUAUCUCAAAUCGUGCAUUUAUGACGCUAAAACAGAUCCCUUCUGCCCCAUAUUCCGUCUUGGCAAAAUAGUGGAGAAUGCAGGCCAUAGCUUCCAGGACAUGGCCAUCGAGGGAGGUAUCAUGGGCAUCCAGGUGAACUGGGACUGCAACCUGGACAGGGCCGCCUCCCUCUGCCUGCCCAAGUAUUCUUUCCGCCGCCUUGACACGCGGGACCUGGACCACAAUGUGUCUCCUGGCUACAAUUUCAGAGACUCAGUGGGAUCUUUAAACAGGAACCCCCUGCUCCUGACGCUUAAAGGCCAACAUUCCAACGUACUUCUGCAGCAGUGCAAUGGGAAUCUUUCAGACUUCAUCUGCUAUCCCUUGAUAACAGAAAAAUGUAGUUCCAAGUGAGGAAAGCAAUGUCAUGGGCUAGAUUCACACUUGAAAUGCAGGGAGCCCUCAGCCUUUGGCCUGGAGAAGCAUCAGUUCUAAACCAGUCUCCAGAAGCCAUGAAAACCGGCAACCACUGAGACUGAGUUUGGGGGCUUUGUUAACAAUUCAAGCCCUUGGACAACUGACUUAAAUUUUCUGAGCCUCAGUUCACAGAUGAUGAUCCAUAAAAUGGGGUUAAUACCUACCUCGUGGGUGAAGCGCAGUACACCUGCCCCAUAGGACAUGUUCAAUGUGAUUAAAACUGCUCCUGGGUCUACAAACCUGUCUGGCCUCCACCUAGCCUUGCAAUUACCUGCCUGCUAGUAGAGCAGUGUUUCUCAAACUUCAGUAUGCAGAGGAGUCACCUGGGGAGCAUGUUUAAACCGAGCCUGGACAUCUGCAUUUCUAACCCACUCCCAGGUGACACUGACAACUGCCGGCUUGGGAACCGUUCACACCCUGAUUAGUGAGGUACUAGGACAUGUUCUACAUUCGGGAUUUGCUGAAUGCAUUAGCUGUGACUUGGGCAUUUGACCUUGAUGUCAGCCUAAGGAAGGAAAACAGACAUCAGGACAGACGGCCUAAAUAAACAACCACCAACAAAAUGACCCCAAAGAGGCCCAGGCUUUGCACCAUUUUGCUGUCUAUUUCAAGUUUACAGAGAAGCCUAAACAUCUGUGGAAAACACUAAAGGCUUUUUUUUCUCUUAAGUUCAUGUACUUUUUAGUGAUAAAUACACAGUAUUCAACUUCGUACACCUGAUAAAAGGAAAAUGCAUAGUAGAAAGGAUCAGGAAUUAAAACAGAAGCAUCGGGCAUGAAAUAAAUUACAGAAUACAAAAAGUCAGCAGUCCAAUGGAACUCAGCCUGUAAAGCUGGAGAGAAGAUGGGAACAAACAACCUUGAAUCAUUCCCUAGCACCUCGGAAGCAAGUGGAGGUCAUGCUGAUUCCACUCAGCAACGUGAAGCUCCCCUUUGAAAGAUGGGAGAGCGCAACAGGCCAGGCCUGUGUAUCUAACUGUGCGGGAAUUCUCCUUGUUCCAGAAAGGCUGGGAAGACGAGAGCCCUACCUCACAGGAGAGGCCAGACCAAUGGGGAGACGGCCUCUACAGCCCCAAGUGCCAACGAGGGGCUCGAUAAGGCUUUCUGGGAGCCACUGGCAACCUGUGGGAUGGAUGGGGGAGGUGGAAAAGGACAGAGAAAGGUGGAUAGAGGAUUUGUGCUUCCUUCAAGGCCGUAAGUGCAGGCCACAGAUUACUUACACCAAAUUGGUCCUGCAGAUAAGCCAGCAACGGAAGACAUUAUGGGCAUCCUUUUUGCCCACUGGGAAAAGCUGCUCAUAACAGCAUCUCCCCUUUCCUGACAGGGCUGGCUUUUAAAAAAAAUCAAUGUUUGUGCUCCGAGAGAGUGGUAGUUCUAAUGCUUGCUUUAUGUUUACAGCUGUCUCUGCUUAUACUUUCCAUGGGGGGUGGGUCCUUUCCACAACUGUCUUUGGUGUUGCUUUGUGUAAAACAAAAACAAACAAAAACUUAUCAACAUGGGCCUCCCCCAACCCCCCCACCCAAAUGGCAGGGUGCCACCUGAUCGCUGGCGUUCCACACCAGAAAUCUCAGAUGGAAAGUUUCCUGGUGGGGAGAAAUGGCAUUGCCUGAUGUGGCUGUGUAAACAUAAGAGGAGUUCUGCAGAAGCUCUGCAGGCUGCCUGCCAUCCUCAGCUGGGCCACUUGGCCAGCCAGAGUCCACAUGGACAGGCUGGGACUAGAGCUAACAACCAGUUGGCUUUAACCACUGCAAGGUGCUUAUUGCAAACUAACCAAGCCCAUCUGCUAUCAGAAAGGGUGGAACUGUUGAGUCAUUUCCACGAAAAUUUAGAGGAAGAGGGCAGGAGAAAGUACAUACUAGGUUCCACAAACAGAAAGCAAGCAGGCAAGACCAUCCUCCCUAGACCAGGUGUCCUUUGCUCUUUGACACCAGCAUUCCCUAAUGCUGAACUGCUUAUACAAUAGCGAGAAAAGUCUGGCUACACUACAGCCAAGAGCUUAAGGAAAUCUAUGGAAGCCAAGAAUGCCCAGGGUUCUGUGAAUAAGAAAUCCUCACACCAAGGCUGAUCAGACAGAAAGUAUGGGAAAGCUCAGUCUUCUGAGCCCAGUUACCAAAACCGUAUUUUCCCCAAACCUGAUUCCAUAAAGCACUGGGAAGCGGAGCUCAGAAUCCCCCAGGGCAAAGUACUUCCGGUUUUCCCCUCCCUUGAACUUCACACUCACUGGCACUUGGCUCUGGAAGGAGCUGCACCCUAACCUCAACCAAACUUCCCACCCUUAGUCAAAAAGAUAAACCUUUUCUUUCUGGACUUUUGGCUAUAAAAUGGAACUUCCUGUACCAAGCUCUGGUUCCCUUUUACCCUGAGGAGUGCUCUGGGUUUCAAUAAUGUUCUUGAAAAGGGUGUCCCAAUGUUAUUGUAUAGAUCUAGGGAAGCUUUGACAGUAAGGAUGACCAUCUGUGUCACAGCUGAGUAUUUCCCAACUGUCCCUCCAGAAACUGGGUAUUUAACUGACUGCAACAAUCAGCUAGUAUUUAAUAUACAAACAAAACCUUACCAGUCUCUAGAAUACACAGGUUAUAAACAAGCUAAGCCACUAACAUACAGGCAUAGGUUUCACUGGCUCUAACUCCAAUCACAUGCCUGAAGCCUUGAAAUAUAUCCUGGAAGCUCUAAAUAAUUUCUGAACUAGAGUUCAGUCUAUUAGAGAAUUGAAAUUUUUUUUGUUUGUUUCAUCUUAAGCCAUGUAACGUAGGAUUUUACCCUGAAGUUUUUUGUAGUUGAACAAGGAAAUUCACUAGAGCUCAGUUAACUGUCUCAGAAACCAGCUUUGAGCAGCUGUCAUGAACUCAUUCAGUCCUUCAGGCGAAACUUUUCCCACCACAGCUGCCCAAUGCCCUUCUAAGGUAGGCAAAUCCCCUUCAAGGAGCAAUUAAACUUCAAGCCCUUUCUGUCUUCCUGACUAGAAUUCUACUCAUAAAAAAUUAAGAAGUACUUCUUACAAAUAAAUUGUACCAAAGCUCCCUGCAGUUACUGAGGGCUAGCCCUACUCUGACUCCUGGAGUACAUGGUUCUGGAAGGUGCCAUGAUUUGGGGUUUGCAAUGAGGAGUCACAACUAACCUUCUACUCCCUCUCCAAUGCAGCAACUAACUCUGUGGCCUCAGACCACUGGAGUUUUCAGCUCAUUUUUCCACAAUGUUCAAACCCCACACACAUUCACUUGGUAUAUCUGACAUGGUUCUGAAUUUACAAUGAAGGAUUUUUGGCAUAAAAAUGUUUUAAAAAGCAAUUGUCCCAAAGUGCACGUGGGUUUGGGUCUGCAACUCCUCACACCUGCCCGUUCAGCCAGCUAGUGGCCAAGGUCGACGUCACGGAGUCAAGUCUUUUUUUUUUUUGUCCCCUUUAAAACAACAAAGGAAAAGACAAAUAACCAGCUAUGACGAUCAGGGCUCUACACACGUGCUCGGUUUCCGUAGGACAUGCUGCUAUGGAAACACAGGAUGCAGCAGCCCGGCGUCAAGGCCGUGCAUGCGAGGUCGAGCAAUCCAGGCAGCUACUCGGGCUCCAUUGCCUCCUCAGGCCGCAGUGGACACAUGUGUGCGGGGGAGCUGGGGGCCGGGGCCCCCCAACUUUCCACACGGGGACCGCCUUUCACAAGAGCACUUCCUCCUCCCCCGCAGGGGGCAGGUCGGUGCCCUGGAGGCUGUCUUCGCUGCCUUGCUUCCUGCUCAGCAAACAGAAAACCAGCAUUAAGACUCAGAGAAGCAUGGCAGGGCCCUGCCCCAGCCUCCCACAUCUGGGCCCAUGUGCCCAGUGGUGCCAUCUUGCACCACCUGGAACGUGACCAAUUUCACCUAUUCUUUUAGAUUCUCACCCUUUUUUCUUGCUCACAGAAAUUUUUCAAAGGACACUUUGCCUCCCUUCUGUAAAUAGAAGACCAGCAUCAUUUGCCAAAAAUAGCAAGGCACUAUAAAACAGAUGCAAAACUGUCCAUGUAACACUUAAAAUCAUUGCACACAGAUCUCAAGUAUGGGGGCCUCACUGUGGGACCUGUUCUCUGAGGCUUUUUAGGUAUCUUGACUUUCCCUCUCCUUUAGGCUAUGAACUCUUGCAGGGCAGGAACUGUGACACUUGAUUUCAGAGGGUGGUGAGCUUGGAAACAAUGAGCAGGGCCCCCCAGUAUGGCCUGGCACACAACUGGCCCUCAGGAAAUGACUGUCGACAACUGCCCCAGCCCCCGACACCCAGGCCCAUGAGAAGACCAUCUCCUCCUGGUAAAGUCUCCCCAGAAGGAGAGAGCCAGAUGUCAAGUCAGCCCUCAACUGCUGCACUCCGAGCUGCCUGCUCAUACGGCCUGGGUCUCCCUGCAGACAGCAAGUGGGCCUUUAGCCAAGCCCCCCGUGACUGAAUAAACCCCGUGAGUUCCUAUAACCAAAGCCUCCCACCCCCGGGGUGAGGGUAGGGGAUCCCCAGGCCUCGCUGGGGCUACAGGUGAGGGAAUGAAGGAACAAUAAAGCUCUUUGGACCAAUCUCAGUCUGUUGGUGUCUUGCAAUUUUCACCUCAAUGACAAUAAAAAAGAAACAACAGACUUGCUGCAAACAGGAGGCAGCUCCAGUUUGGCUGACCCUAAAAUGGAAGUUGAGAAAAGUAAAGGCCAGCCGUUAAGCUUCCACUCCCUGUCAUCCUGCGAGUACAAACCCAAGGCGUGCCACCGGGUCAUGUGCUUACAG